AUGUAUACACACAAAUGUGAGGAAGGAAAAAAAAAUCUGUUGGUCGUCCCUGUCAUCUCAAUACAGCGGCACCCGACCGACCGAGCGCGUCGUCAUCAUGGCAUGCCUGCCGGUCGGUACCAAUGCCGACCUACAGCACCAUCCUCCACUCCUCCACCCACCAUCGCCACGAUCGAUCCGGGCUCUCUGCGUACCGCUUGUUCCGGCAUGAGUCCGCAGAAGAUAUAUUGA